AUGGUUCCAGACACCGCCUUCAGAGGCUUGAUACAUCACCCUGAGAGUCUCCUGCUCUAUACUGCUAUGACAGGACUCCUCCCUGCAAUUGUGCUAUGCGGACGCUAUUUCUACAGCAGACGUGUGAUCCAUGGUUACCUGGAGCACGCCAUGAGCAGAGACAUGGGGGACAUCGAAGGGUUUUACAUGAACUCCUCAGAUUCCUGUCUGUGGGUAGCAGUGCUGGAAGGCAAAGUAGUAGGUGUCGUAGCAGCAGGCGGCCUGCUCAAGUCAGGAGGUGCUGUUGAGUUGCUGCGGAUGUCCGUUGACCGUAGCUGUCGCCGUUGUGGAGUCGGCGUGGCACUGGGACGAAAGGUUCUGGAGUUUGCUGUCAGUCACAGAUACUCCUCCGUUGUCCUGGGAACCACAGCGUACACGCACGCUGCUCACCAGCUUUACCAGCGUCUGGGCUUCCGCUGCGUGGGGGUCACCAACGGGUACGUCACACCUGGUGCGAGAUGUUCCUUACUGGAACAAAUUUUCUACAGGGUCCGCCAUCACCACUACAGCCUCAAUGUGCAAAAUGGCAAGAUCACUUCCAAUGGACAACAUUGAUUUUAGCAACAGUGCGGACGACUUAACUGAAGUGAAUUUUCAAGACUCUGCACCAGAAAUCUUUUUUCAAAUGCUUUCCGGAGAAGCAACCUUUUUCCCCCCACCAACAGUCAACUAUGGUUUCUUACCAUGACAACAAUUAUUCUUACCUUUAACUAAGUCGUUUUAGUUACCUAA